AUGCAUUAUAGUGAACCUCUCUUUCCCUUGACCCAAAACAGACACGAUCUCAGCCCCUUGACGAUUUUUCCAUCAAAACAGUUUGCUACCUUCGCUGACUACUACACGAGCAAGUACAAUGUGAAUUUGUCAACAGUAGAUCAACCCCUGCUUGACGUGGACUUCACAGUUCUGCGUCUUUGUCUCAUUGUGCCACGGUACCUCAAUCCACGAGGUCACAGUCUGCCCACCACCAAUGAGGCUAAGAGACAGGAACGGUUGGAAAGUGUGCGUCACAAGCAGCUACUCAUUCCAGAACUCUGCUAUCGACACGCCUUCCCCGCUUCAGUCUGGCGCAAGGCUGUCUGCCUGCCGAGUAUUAUCUACCGGGUAGAACACUUACUGCUCGCGGAGGAGCUGCGCCAGUGGAUUGCGCGCGACACGGGUCUAGGUUCCGCCUUACCGCCAUUGCCGCAGGCGGCUGAGGAACUUGUCUUCCCGCCCCUCCGUUUCAUCUUUCCGGUCGAGCUUACCGGCCAAAUUCAU